AUGAUUUCAGAUCCUCUAUUAGCAUACAGUUGGUUCCCUGAAUCUGAGAAUUUGUACUUAUCACAUUUACAUGAAGUUGUUCUCUCAUUCUUGUUUUAUCAAAUUCUAUCUAGUUACGUUGCACCAAAGGUUAAUGAAUUAAUUUUCAAGAAACCUUAUGAAAACAUUACUGAUGAAAAAGCAAAGAUAGAUUUUGAUAUCCAUACAGUUUCAAUGGUUCAAUGCAUACUUUCUAUCAUUUUAGCUCUUCCUAGUUUACAAUUGCCUUUCAAUUUGAAUGUAGUUACUUAUCAAGAUGACUUUUCAUCUUUGGUAGCAGCAUUGACCGUCGGCUACUUUAUUUGGGAUUGUGUAAUUUGUGUUCGUUACUAUAAACUAUACGGAUUGCAAUUUUUGAUUCAUGCAUUGGUUUCGCUAUACGUCUUUGGGACAACUCUGCUUCCUUUCUGUCAACCAUGGAUUGGUAAAUUUUUACUCUUCGAAGCAAGUACACCGUUUGUCAACAUUAAUUGGUACAUUAUCCAAUUAACAAAAAUGUCAGAAAAAUUACAAAAGGGUUCCAAGACAAUUGAAAAAAAUAGUAAACCAAUUGUUCCAGUAUGGUUUAAUGUUUUCAAUGGUGUCAUAUUGAUGUUUGUAUUCUUCACUGUUAGAAUCUUAUGGGGGUUCUCUGCAGUUGCAAUCGUGGUAUAUGAAAUGUACAAGAUAAGAGAUCAAUUACCAAUGUUUUUAAGUGUCUCGGUCAUUUUAUUGAACAGUAUCAUGAACUAUCUGAAUGUGAUAUGGUUUUCCAAAAUGGUUUCUAUUGCAAGGAAACAAGCUUCCUCUUUCAAAAAAACCCAUUCUGAUUAA